CAGGAAAAGACCGCGCAUUGAUUGAGUUUUCUCGUGUUCCAUUGUCUCACAGUACGUAGCGUCAGGGAUAACUAGCUAGUGUAGCUAACUAUCUAGCUAGGCUAUAUAUCUGAGGGUAUGUCUAAAUGCAGAACCAAUAUGGGGAAGGACCCUAGGAAACCAAGAGGUAAAAUGUCCUCCUAUGCUUAUUUUGUGCAAACCUGUCGUGAGGAGCACAAGAAGAAGCAUCCAGAAGCCAGUGUUAACUUUGCAGAGUUCUCAAAGAAGUGUUCCGAGAGAUGGAGGCCCUUGACCCCGAAAGAGAAAGGCAAAUUUGAAGAUAUGGCAAAGCUAGACAAGGUUCGUUAUGAGAAGGAAAUGAAAAACUACAUUCCACCGAAGGGGCAGAAGAAGAAGAGGUUCAAGGAUCCCAAUGCCCCCAAAAGACCUCCGUCUGCAUUCUUCAUCUUCUGUGCGGAUUUCCGCCCCAAAGUGAAGAUCGAGACUCCAGGGUUGUCAAUUGGAGACACUGCUAAGAGGCUGGGAGAUAUGUGGAACAGCUCCACAGCUGAGGAGAAGCAGCCAUAUGAGAAAAAGGCCGCCAAACUGAAGGAGAAAUAUGACAAGGAUAUAAUUGCCUACCGUACAAAGGGUAAGGUAGACUCUGGGCCAUCUGCUGCAGCUGAGGAUGAAGACGACGAGGAUGAGGAAGAGGAUGAUGACGACGAUGAUGAUGAUGAUGAGUAAUUUGGUCUGCAAACAGAGCCUGGAUUCUUGUUUAUGCCAUUUAUCCUUAUUAUAAACAAUACACCAUCUUGAAACAAACCCAGACUGAACAAGAAGGCGGUGUAUAUUUAAUGUUUUUAAGAUGUACAGUGUUAUCCACCUGUUUUCUAAAGUUAACACUACAUAUCAUAAGUUUUACAUUUCUAGUGGUAGUUCCUUAUCUCUUUGCCUAUUCUCUUUCAAUCUAGGAAAAUUAUAAACCAGUAUGAGAGUAGUGAUGUAGGCGUGCAACUCAAAAAUCUGAUUUUGGGGUUUGUAGUGUAUAUUCCUGUAUUUGUUUUGAAAAAUAUGUUUUCCUACGUGUUGUCACAAUGUCUUUACAUUGUUCUUUGAAUACCACUCUAAUAACAUGCAGCUGUUGACAUUCAAAUGUCCUCAAUAAAGAUCUUUUUUUUUUCAGAAA